UCGAUGUUUGCUUUUCUCAGCAUUAUGCUAUAUUAAUUACCAGUAACUUUCUGCAUAAUUUUUAACAUUAGAACACCUAAUUUUGAUUCAGUUGUGUGUUGGUUUGAUUUUAAAGAGAGCGUUUUAGUCCAUAAGUUUACCUCAAUCGUUUCUUCUACACUUCGACAACCGCUUUUAUUUAUGAAAUGGAUCAGGUUUUGGCCUUUCAACUAAACAGAUCCAAGAUUCUCAUAGAUGCACUAGAAGUUGCAAAAGUUUCUGACAAUCCAUUGGUAGAACAACACAUUAUAGACAUUAGAAGAUGUAUCAACAAGUCUCAACUAACACUGGACAAAAUUAAAACAAUUUUAGCAAGAAAAAAAGAAAUUUAUGUAGAAAUGGAUGAUCUGGCAUACAAGUUUGAGAAUUUGGCAAAUCAAGCUGAAAGGAUAAAUGACAAGGCCUUUACAAACCAAUCUUUCAAUAGUUCAACACCUAAGAAGAAUGAUCAGCAGUCCUUGAGGGUGGAGCAGUCGGCGAAUGGUCUGGAAGUAUCUCCUUGUCCAGCUACAUGGUACAAUGGGAUCCUGGAUAGCCCAAUGCCACCUCCAGGACACAAUGGCAGUAGUCGUCCACCUGUGUCCAUGGAAGUUCAAAUACCUUGUAUUAGAAUGCUUCAUUCCAACGAAAUGAAUUCUGUUCCAGCGUACAUGAAGGGAAGACUGACUUGUGAAAAUGUUAACUCUUUUAUCAGUAUAGUGAAUUCUGUAUUGAAGCAGAAGUAUUCCAUAGCUCUUCUCAAAAGAAAAGAGGUCAAAAGAAAAGACUUAGUACAUUAUUCGGAAUGGAAAUCUCAGGAACAGGAGUUUGGCAUGAUAGGUAAAGCUUUCUUCACAACAGAGGAUUUGCUCAACUUUGGCAAUCAGAAAAUAGAUAAAGUGACAGAUAAAAUGAUCCAGAUCUUGCGACACUGCAACAGGCUUCGCCAGACAAGAGCAAAUAAAAAGGUCGUCAUUUACAGUCUCAUUUGAUUCUUGAGGGAAGAUUCAUUUGUCAAGCUAGAACCCAAUGUAACAGUUUGUACAGCCCUAUUUUAUCUUAAGUGUUUAUAUUAUUGUUUAAUUGUAUGGAAUAUUCACUGAUAAUGUUUGUAGAUAUUAUUUAAAUGAGAUGAACUCUGUGCUUAGGGUUUGUUGUGAGAGUGCGUUUUCACUAAACGUGUCCUAACAUUUGUGGGGAAAUGUGUAAAAGCAGUUUUUAAGUCCAACAGCUGACAUAUCCUUACAUGGGAUAAAAAAUGUGUUACGAGUCCAUUCAAAUAAAACAUGUAACAUGUUCCUGGCUCCACCUGGUCGCUAAACACUAAGAUUGUUUGAAUGGAAACAGAACUAAAGGUUGUGUUUAAAAUAAGUUGUAACUCUGUCUUUUUUAUGAUGUUAAGUAGAUGUAAGUUAGCUUAUGACAUUCGUUGGGCUACAAAUAUUU